AUGGUACUCCCCGCGAUCCGAGUGGCGCCCACCGCGGCCACCAGGGCCUUCAAUCUCCUCCGCACAGUCCAGUACACUCACCCUCCAAGCUGCCCUUGCCAUUCGAACCCUGCACAUCACCAUCACCAUCAGCCGUCCGUAUCGUCCAUAGCCAAACAUGUCCGGCACAUGGCAACUCCAAUUGACCCAUCCCAUCAGAAAGAAUAUGCGUUCGAGAUGGCCGCGUCCAGCAUCCGCUUCGGGCCGGGCGCGACAAAAGAAGUCGGAAUGGAUUUUAAGAACUUGGGCGCGAAGAGAGUGAUGGUGGUUACGGAUCAGAAUGUUAAACAUCUGGAUGCAAUGAAGAAUGCGAUUGAAGGAUUGAGCAAGGAGGGCAUUCAGUUUACGGUGUAUGACAAAGUGAGAGUGGAACCAAAGGAUUAUUCGGUCAAGGAUGCUAUAGCCUUCGCUAAGCCAUAUAAUGCGGAUGCAUUUUUAGCCGUUGGUGGCGGGUCCGUCAUUGAUACUUGCAAGCUCAUGAAUUUGUAUUGCGUCUAUCCAGAGGCAGACUUCCUUGACUUUGUCAAUGCGCCGCUAGGCAAAGGUCUUCCUAUUGUCAGGCAACUCAAACCACUUAUUGCGAUUCCUACAACUGCCGGGACAGGAGCUGAGACCACAGGGACAGCGAUCUUCGAUCUUGUGGAUAAAAAGGCCAAGACGGGUGUUGCCCACCGGAAUAUGAAACCAACUCUGGGUAUCUGCGAUCCUCUGAACACGAGAACCAUGCCUUCGGCCGUUCAUGCAUCUUCUGGGCUUGACGUGCUCUGCCACUCCCUCGAAUCGUGGACCGCAAUUCCCUUCAACCAGCGCACCCCCCGACCAACAAAUCCUAUCAACCGCCCAGCCUAUCAAGGAGCUAACCCAAUCUCAGACAUUUUCUCCCUUCAGUCGCUAAAGAGUACGGUAAAAUACCUCCCACGGGCCGUCAAGGAUCCAGAAGACCACGAAGCUCAAAGCCAAAUGCUUCUCGCUGCAACUUUGGCCGGUGUCGGUUUCGGGAAUGCCGGCGUACAUUUAUGCCACGGAAUGAGUUAUCCUAUCUCAGGGCAGAAUCCCGGAUAUAAGCAUAAGGGAUACGAGGUGGACCACGACAUCAUCCCGCAUGGUGUGUCCGUCGCGGUUUCUGCCCCAGCUGUCUUCCGAUUCACUGCCGCGAGCAACCCGGAUCGUCACCUGGCCGCUGCUGAGAUCUUUGGAAAAGAUAUCUCAAACGUCAAGCGCGAAAGUGCCGGAGAAGUUCUCGGCGAGGCAAUCGCUGAAUUCUUGAUUGGCCUAGGAGACCAGCCGCGAGGAUUGAAGGACCUAGGAUUCAAUAACUCGCAAAUUGACAUGUUGGUCGAGGGCACUAUACCCCAGAAGCGAGUGCUAGACCUUGCACCAAACCUCAGCAAGGAACUUGAAGCUGAAAAGGACGAAUUGCGGAAAUUGUUUGAAGCGUCGAUGGAGUACUAGAACAAGAUAGCGGAUUUCGGAAUAGCGGGCAUUUCAGCGUGUCUUUGGAGAUAUCUCUGUGUACGCAUAUACACCCAAGCAUGUGAGUUAGGUACUAUAUAACUAUCGGUCUAUUAUUUUGCGUC